CUCCGAUUGUCCAAGACACGGAGAUUUUGAAGAACUCGGCAGAAGCAGCAAAGGUACGAUGAAAACGUAAUGUACGGUAUGACUAUGAUUGAAAGAUGGUCGCUAAUCUUUCACAGAGCUACCCCUCUCACUUCGUUGCGUCGAGACGUCCCCAAAUCAUCCAAUAAUAACAUAUCAACGGAACGAUAUCGCAGGAACUGCAAACCAGGACGAUUAUCGUUACUCCAGAGAGCUCUUUCCAUUGCUACUGUGCACAAGAGAGAGAACCAAAGCGAUAUAAUCGGAAGCAAUCAUGCGACUUUCGGCUUUUGCACUGGCUUCGGCCGUAGGUGGAGGAAUCGUAACCACAUCGUCGGCAGCCGACAAAACCAACGAUGCGAGGAAUGUCAGCACUAACACUGCAGGAUCGAACAACAUAAUUCAGAGUAGCAACAACCACAUGAAAACGCUCCACGCUUUUUCACCACUUCCGAAGCAUUCGUUGAAGAAACUUGUGAAUGGGGGCGAAGAAUUUGCAGAAGAAACAAAGUCACUCUCUCAGAAGAAAAUAUUCGAGACCUGCCACUUAUUGUCGUCGUCUUCCCACAACCCAGAUCUGGGUGUCCUUGGUAGAAAGACGAGGUCUUGUUCCUCCAAUGAUGACGUUUGUAUUCUACCAAACGUAAUUGGAUAUGAUGCGCUCUCGUUGUCCUCAGCAUAUGCUAACACGGAUGACGAAAUCCUCAACGACGAUGCAGCCUUGGGAAUCUGCUAUCCCCGAGCCAAACUACAUUCGUCUUACUGGCAGGGCAUCGACGAUGAUGGCACGUUCCAUCUAGUUGAUAACAGAAACUUUUUUCACCAUAAUAGUAGAAAAGAGAACAAUCAGGCAUUCCAAAAGAUUCACAGCCGAUUCCGAGAUCUCCAAGUAGAAUCCAGCGUUAGUUUCGGAGUAGAAUCAGGCGGCCAAAGCAGCAGUUUGAAUAAUGACCAUAGGAACAACGACGAAGCCUGGGACAAUCUACCACCGUAUUCGAUGGACCGGGGCACUUAUUUCAACGAGGAAACGCCCACUACCAUUGACCAAUGCGAAUCUUACUGCCAAGAUUUCGGUAGACCUCUGGUCCGGCUUGGUCAGGAUCUAAUUGACAACCAGCAGAAUUUGACGCAAAUACCUUCAACAUUCACAGAACUACUCAGCUUGUGCAUGGAUUCCUAUAUCAUGAUAUAUAGCUGGGGUUUGAGUUCGUAUCCUUCGUGGUGUCCGAUCGAUCUGAGUAUUCCGAUGAACUGUUGGGACACAUCUCUGAUCACCGAUAUGUCAGAAGCCUUUGCGGGACGGAAAAAGUUCAAUUGGCGAUUGAAUUGCUGGGACACCUCGAGUGUCACGGACAUGUCCGAAAUGUUCGAGGUACGUUCUCAAUUGUUGUGUUCGAUGAAUUAAUUUUUGAUAGUAUAGUUAGUCGUGCCAUGGGUUGCGCGCUUAUCCGCCGAGUCCUGUGCUUUUCGCGCCGGCAGUCAGUCUCUGCCCUCAGAACAACCAUCACUAAUAUCUUCAGUUGUUCUUGAAUUCAUGUGACGUAACCCAAUAACUUAUCACAUCGUACACGACCAACAGUACGCUAGCAGUUUCAACCAAGACAUAGGGUUGUGGGAUACCUCUCAAGUCACGGACAUGAAUCAAAUGUUUUACAUCGCAUCCUCCUUCCACCAGCACUCAAUCGCAAAUUGGAACACAAGCAGCGUGACAGACAUGAGCCUGAUGUUCAGUGUAGCCCGGCUAUUUGACGGGCCGAUUGGAGGCUGGGAUACGAGUCGUGUCACCGAUAUGUCCAACAUGUUUUUCGCAGCACGCAGUUUCAAUCAUCCCAUCGGAUACUGGGACGUCUCAUCUGUCGAGAACCUGUAUGGUAUCUUCAUUCAGGCAAAUACUUUCGACCAAGACCUUUCGUCAUGGAACACUUCUAGCGUACGCAAUACGCAGUACACCUUCCGAAAUGCAUAUUCAUUCAACCAACCCCUCGACUCGUGGGAUGUGUCGAGUGUGACAAAUAUGGCCAGCAUGUUUUCUGGUGCCAAGGCCUUCAAUCAGCCAUUAGAAAGUACAACGAAGACGAGAACGCCUGGAUUUAAUUUGGUAGGAAGCAGUAGCAAGGAUAAGAAGAAAGAUAAGAACAAAGACCGCUUCUGGGAUAUCUCGUCCGUCACCAACAUGAAACAUAUGUUUUCUAUGGCCAAUAGUUUCAACCAAUGCCUUGGAAGCUGGGCAGCAAGUUUGAGCAGCCACGAAGACGCCGGCGAGGAUUCUACCCUUCACAUGUUCCGUCGUACCUCCUGUCCGAACCACAAACAGAACACGGAGAACGACAACAGUAGCACCACACCACCGUUGGCAGACAAUGGAACGCCACCCUUUAAUAAGGGACCAUGGUGCCAGAGUAACUCCGAUGGUUGCUAUGAUGUGGAACCCUACAUUAGAUCAGAUGGAAAUCUCGCCUUCACUAGGGAAGCUGGUAUCCCAGGAGGCACGACGAAAACGAUGGAAAUCAAGAGCAGAAAGAGCGGGAAAAACAGUAAGAGCGAUAAGAGUGACAAGAGUGGAAAGAGUGACAAGAGUGGAAAAAGCUCCAAGAGUGGAAAAAGCUCCAAGAGUGGCAAGAGCUACAAAAGUUUCCACAAGACAUCCUCCAAGAGCCAGAAACGACACCUACGAUCAUAUUGAGGAAUGAAGCCAAUACAUACCA